AUGAUGCUUGUCGUCGGCACCCUUCCUCCGACAAUAGAAGAACGCCUCCUCGUAACAGCAGAGGCUUUGCAAUGCCUGUGGAGCCUUGCUCUGGCCGCCGUUGACGUCUAUGCACUUCUUGUCAAGCGCGCCUUCCGGACACCUCGAGCUACCACCAUAUAUUCCAUUGGGGACUGGGUCACUGGAGCACUGACCUUUGCUGCAGCGAGCGGAUCGGCAGGCAUCACCAUUCUCAUCAACAACGACCUGAUGAUGUGCGCGGAGAACCACUGCCCGAGCUUCAUGGCCUCCACCUCCAUGGCUUUCUUCACCUGGUUCGCUAUCGCGCCAUCCUGCCUCUUUAACCUCAUGACGGCGGUCUACCGAGUGCAGAGGGCGUAG